AUGGCCUUGCCCUUUGCUUUACUGAUGGCCUUGGUGGUACUCAGCUGCAGAUCAGCUUGUUCCCUGGGCUGUGAUCUGCCUGAGACCUUUGGCCUGGGAAAUAGGAGGGCCUUGAUACUCCUGGGACAAAUGAGGAGAAUCUCUCCUUUCUCCUGCAUGAAGGACAGAAAUGACUUUGGAUUCCCCCAGGAGGUGUUCAAUGGCAACCAGGCCCAGAAGGCUCAAGCCAUCUCUGUCCUCCAUGAAAUGAACCAGCAGAUCUACAACCUCUUCAGCACAAAGGCCUCCUCUGCUGCUUGGGAUAAUACCCUUCUACACAAACUCUGCACUGGCCUCUCUCAGCAGCUGAAAUACCUUGAAGACUGUCUGACACAGGAGGUGAGGGAGGAAGAGCCUCCUCAGAUGCAUGAGGACUCCACACUUGCUGUGAGGAAAUACUUCCACAGGAUCACUUUCUACCUGGAAGAGAAGAAAUACAGCCCUUGUGCCUGGGAGGUUGUCAGAGCAGAAAUCAUGAGAGUCUUCUCUUAG